AUGACUUUCGACUUCGCGUGCCAAUUCUACUGGAUCAGUGAUCUCCACCCCGCGUUCCAAUUCUUCGGCUCCGGCGUCAUGGACUCCAAGUCGAUAUUCCUCUGGUCCUUCACCUUUCAGCGCUUCUUCAGUAUUUCUGUAAUAACUGCACUGAUGGCGAAGGCGAUGAUGCAAAUGGUGUUUAAAGAAAAUAACCCAAGCAACCGCACUCGCCGGCAAGCCAUCGAGAUGAAAAAGUCGCCUGGAUCCGAUGGAACACUCUGCCCCGAGGGUAGCAUCUUCCCAGGUUUGGAGCUUACAAUAGAUACUCUAGAGGACUCUCUGAUCGCUAGCAACUUCGACAGUUGUUCAAAUCCGCCUACACUACUAUGCGCCCCUGAUGAUAUUAUCGAUCAGGGGACGGAUGGAAAGGGGAUAAAUGGCAUCAGUGCCGUUGGCGCCAGCAGCAAUUACGUGGAACUAUUGGUAGCAAAUGCAUUAGACUGUUGUGCCGCACGUCUUAACAGCAAGGGCUGCGGGGAGGAUGCAUUUGGUGGUGCUCCUGGUUUUCAAAGCUGUACCCUCUUCCUGGCCAAUUCGGGCUCUACAUGCUUGAACGCAUUUGAAAUCGGGACAUAUCAAAGCGACAGUGGUGUCGCACCUGGAGUGUACACAAAUAUCUCAAAUGGCCCUUGUGGACUAUGGAAUUAUGUGGGGAAAGACUGA